CGGGCAGCAUGCGACAAGUUGACAAGUGCUAUUCUCCAUCAAGACUCGACUACCCAUUCACCCUCCAAUCGUUUGCCCUGAGUGCUCCCUAUUGUCUCGUUUCUCCAUCCAAGUCAUAUCCGAAACCUGUAAUUUCCCCUUUCUGGUUGUUCUUAACCCCCUCACCGCCGGCGUCCAUCGCAGCUUCCUGCUCAGUGAGCCCCACCACUGGUAACAACAGCCAGCUCUUGCUUGCCAGAGUUGUUAUGCGCAACCACCACAAUGACAAAUCUCUUGACUCAGCGACAGGCUGAAGAACUCCACAAGUCACUGAUUGCCUACCUUACCGCCGCCGGCUUGACAAACACUGCCCAAACCCUCCGUGAAGAGGUCAACAUCGGCGACUCGUUCGAUGAUGCUACGCGAAAGAAAUAUGAAGGCCUGCUGGAGAAGAAGUGGACCAGUGUCGUCCGCUUGCAAAAGAAGAUAAUGGACCUUGAAUCGCGCAAUACCACCCUCCAAACAGAACUCGAUACCGCCACUCCCACCUCAUUGUCGCGUCGCAAUCAGGACCCUGCCGCAUGGCUGCCACGAUCCCCCGCCCGUCAUACUCUCCAAUCUCAUCGCCAACCCGUCACAUGUGUCGCCUUCCAUCCCGUCUUCUCAUCUCUGGCCUCAGGUUCGGAAGAUGCCACAAUCAAAAUCUGGGAUUGGGAGCUCGGCGAGCUCGAACGUACAAUCAAGGGUCACACCAAGGGUGUCCUCGACAUAGAUUAUGGUGGUCCGCGCGGAGGCACGCUUCUGGCCAGCUGUAGUUCCGAUCUGACCAUCAAGCUGUGGGAUCCCAGUGACGAAUACAAAAAUAUCCGCACUCUUCCCGGCCACGACCAUAGUGUGUCGGCUGUACGCUUCAUCCCGUCUGGCGCCGCUGGUGCUCCUUCGAGCGGAAACCUCUUGGCAAGUGCUAGUAGAGACAAGACCAUCAGGAUCUGGGACGUUACUACUGGAUAUUGUGUCAAGACUAUCCGCGGCCAUGCUGACUGGGUACGCGACGUCGCUCCAAGCUUCGAUGGCCGAUGGCUUCUCUCCGUCGGAAAUGAUCAGACUGCUCGUCUAUGGGAUACUCAAUCUGGCGAUGCCAAAGUCACCUUUGUCGGCCACGAACAUGUCAUCGAAUGCUGCACGUUUGCUCCUGCAGCCGCAUAUCCUCACUUGGCCUCGAUGGCCGGUCUAAAGAAAGCUCCGCCAGCCACUAGCUCGGCUGAGUUUGUCGCGACUGCUGGCCGUGACAAGCUCAUCAAGCUGUGGGACGCUCGGGGAACAUUGAUCAAGACUCUCGUCGGCCACGACAACUGGGUGCGCGCUCUGUUGUUCCACCCAGGCGGCAAAUAUCUUCUCAGUUGCGCCGAUGACAAAACGAUACGCUGCUGGGAUCUGUCACAAGAAGGCAAGUGCGUCAAGACUAUCGAGGACGCACACGGUCACUUUGUCAGCAGUAUGCGAUGGGCACCCGGUGUCAUCAAGGAUGCGGCCGCUAACGCGGAUGCUGCCAACGGAUCUUCGAAACCAGACGAAGCCGCCAAAGUCAGCAUUCGCUGUGUCAUCGCCACUGGCAGUGUUGAUCUCAACGUCCGAGUCUUUGCUGCAUAGUCUCUCAUAUCUGUUUCUCUCCUAGCGUCUGGGCUUCAUGGACCGGUUGGCGUUGUCUCUUUGCACUAUGGCGGGCGACAGGAGUCACGGGCGUUUCCCUCCUGUACAUGGCAUUUUCCUUUAUGGCUGCAUGGAUCAAGGCGUAUCUUUGUCGCUUAGCCCUUGACACCACCUGCAUUCUCCUCUGUUCCUCUUCUUCUUCGUUCAUACCCUUUCUCUAGGGAGGCCGGC